CUAAUUUGAGUCAGAAGUACUUCGCUUCACACCCUACAGUAUAAAUAGCCCCGACCGGAUCAGAUCCAUUUCAUUCUCCUCCUGCCACUUGACCAUUCGACGUAGGCCUGUGCUCUCAUCGUUUGUGUCUGGAACUGCGCAGAAACCUUCAAAAUGAAGCUCGUUUUGGGAUUGCUUGGGUUGUUGUGCCUGACGGCUCUGGCCCACGGGGCCGAAGACGAUGGUGAAGACCUCACCCCUGCUGAAUCUGCCCAGUGGGGCGGAUAUGGGGGCUAUGGAGGCUACGGAGGAUAUGGUGGCGGCUAUGGAGGUUAUGGUGGCGGCGGCUAUGGAGGCUACGGAGGGUACGGAAGAGGAUUCGGUGGUCAUCACCGGCGUCAUCACCAUUUUGGCUGAAGGUCUUCUUUGGGCAGCCAUCUUUUCCUCUUCUGCCGUUUCAUCUCUUCUCAUCUAUCGGCCUUUUCCAUUCGCAUCGCACAGCUUAACCAUGGAAGGGAUUUUGCUUUCAUCAUAGCCAAAGUUGAUAUCUUUGUGAUUCUGAAUAAAAAGUCAGAGAGCAUUUCAUAUA